GUUCGUGUCAUUCACAUAUUUUUUUGUCAAAGUGUUAAUAUUUUCAGGAUUAACAACUAGUACAACUGUAAUAGUCCCAUACUUACUAGCGCAUGUAAGAGGUUUUCGUACACGCUGGUAUUACAAAUCAACAUGAGGUUAUUAUGGAUAGCCAUAAGUAUUCAGUUAGUUAUUGCAGACCCCGGAAUUAAUGGAGCUCCGUCCUAUCCAUUUACAGAUCCAUUAUUUUGGAAGUAUUACUUCAUGUUCACAAAUACCGAUGCCUUUUCUAACAAUCCAUUACAGGGUUCUGCAGUAACUGGGGAAAGCGGGUUUAAUCAGCAAGCUGAAUCAAUACCAACACAAAUCCCUUUGCAUAGUUCUGUGACUGAAUCAAUUCCAGCAAAAAUGCCAAUGUAUAAUUCAGUAUCUAAAUCAAUUCCAGCAAAAAUGCCGUUGUAUAAUUCAGUAUCGGAAUCAAUACCAGCGAAACAGUCAUUGUACAAUUCUGUACCUGAAUCGAACAUUGAUGUAAUACAAUUAUCAGAAAUGAAUAAUGUACCUUUUGAUGCAACCACAAAUGUUCUUUCAGCCAAUAAAAACAGUUUGACACAAAAUAAAGGACAGGAAACAAAACAAGAAAGUAUAGGUUUUAAAAUGCCUAGUCAAAUACUAGGACGCGCACCAACUAGAACAAACUUUAAUGCAUGGUCUCCGUCACCUUCUUUACCAUUGCCAAAUAAAGGAAUUGUUAGUGAUUCACCAAAGCAAAAAUUCCUUAAUAAAUUAAAAUUACUUCAAUCAAUUUAUGGCAGCACUGAACAAAUAUCUCGAAGCCCAAAAGCUAUGUCAUAUCUUUUCAAUCGCAAGACCUCCACGGGAGGAUCUACUAUUGGUGACCUACAAACUACUCAAGGUCUUACAGGUGGUAUGGAAGGACUGCCUCUAAAUCCUCCUUCAUUACCAAAGGGGUUGCAGACGGCAGGAAGUGAAAAUGGCGCACCUCAGUCAAACUUGCUACCAAUACUAGCAUUAUCAGGUGGGGGCGAGGGUAUAAUGAACAAUCCUUUAGUAUUAUCUCAACUAAUGCAACCUAAUCAGAGUCAGGAUAAAUUGUUGCAGACCCUGGCCAUGACAGGUGGAUUAGAAGGCAUUAAUCCUGCAUUACUUUAUCAUAUCACACAACAAAAUCAACAACAAGGAUCGACAACUGAUAUUCUUCCUUUGUUAGCUUUAUCAGGAGGAGAAAACAUGAAUCCACUCAUGUUACAGCAUCUAUUAUCUAAACAACAACUGCCUACAUCACAAAGAACCGGAAGUUCACAAAGUGCAACUGAUAUUCUUCCUUUGUUAGCUUUAUCAGGAGGAGAAAACAUGAAUCCACUCAUGUUACAGCAUCUCUUAUCUAGACAACAACAGCCUACAGCCUCAGGAUCCGGAAGUUCACAAAGUUCAACAGAUAUUCUUCCUUUACUAGCUUUAUCGGGGGGAGAAAAUACGAAUCCGCUUAUGUUACAAUAUCUCUUAUCUAAACAACAACAGCCUACAUCACCAGGAACAGGAAGUUCACAAAGUUCAACGGAUAUUAUUCCUUUGUUGGCUUUAUCAGGAAGCGAAAACAUGAAUCCACUUAUGUUACAAUAUCUCCUAUCUAAACAACAGCAGCCUUCAUCACAAGGAACCGAAAGUUCACAAAGUUCAACGGACAUUCUCCCGUUGCUAGCUUUAUCGGGAGGAGAAAAUAUGAAUCCAUUAAUGAUACAGCAUCUUUUAUCUAAACAACAACAGAAUACAACACCAGGAACUGGAAGUUUACUGGGUUCGUUUUCACGUCCGAAUCCUCCCGAUAUUACAGCAUUAUUGUCUUCUUCGGGAGGGGAAAAUGAGAACCCUAAUUUACUUUCCAAUAUGUUAUUAAGGUCGAAUCAAAACCAUAAUCCAUCUAACAUGCAAAAUAUGAUGACUUUAACUGGCGGUGAGGAAUCUCCGUUGAUGCAGAAUCCAAUGUUAAUGCGUUACAUGAACCGAGGUGCAUCAACCGGUGGACUAUCACAAGCAAGCAGUCUAAUUCCUCUGUUAAUGGGGAAUGAGGCACUUAGUGAAAAUCCGCAAAUGAUGAUGCAAAUUUUGAAAGGUGCUUUAGGUGGCGGGUUAAAUCGGACAUAUUAAGUUUAUAGUUCAAUGAAGACUUUCGUUUUAUUUGAUAUACUUGUUUUAAGCCGUAAACUCUUCCAAAAAGGUGGUAUAAAUUUACAUAUGAAAUUUGAAUUUUGUCUUCAAUUUCUGACCAAAAAGUGAAUAUUAAGUUUGAAAUUUUUCUUUCAUUUGGGGUUUCAAU